AGAACUGAGUUGCACACGCACCAAACCUCGAGUGCUGAGAAAAUCAAAUCAAAACAAGGGCUUGUACACAAGUGUAAAGUGUAUUUGGUUUACUUGUCGGCGUAAAUAAAUAAGACAAAACCAAUAUGCAAUCAGUUAAAGCAGAUGAGCUACCAGAAAAUCCGCGCGAACGGAGCAACCCAUUUUCGGAACUUAUGCUCUGCUUUGUCUUUCCGGUAUUAUUCAAGGGCCGUACGAAAACUCUGGAGCAACCAGAUCUAUACCGGCCGCUUAAAGAGCACAAAUCAGAUGUACUUGGCGACCGCCUGUGCGCGGCUUGGGAUGAGGAAAUAAUUAAGAGAUCGGCCCAGCAGAAACAGCCACGCUUGGGGCGGGUUGUGCUGCGCGUGUUUGGUUGGCAUCUGUUUCUAACUGGGUUACUGCUUGGUGUCAGAGAGUUCAUAGUAAAGGUAACGCAGCCCAUGUGCCUGUAUGGUAUAAUGCAAUACUUUUCGGGCGAAGAUCCUGACCCCAUAAAGGCACAGCUAUACGCAGCAGGCCUCAUGAUUGCCUCUGUCCUCUCCGUCGUUACUGGACAUCCGUUUCUGCUCGGCCUGCUCCAUUUGGGGAUGAAAAUGCGCGUUUCACUGUGCAGUCUAGUUUAUAGGAAGGCGCUGCGCCUGAGCCAUACAGCUCUGGGGGAUACAUCGAUAGGUCAGGUUGUGAAUCUGCUUUCCAACGAUGUGGGACGCUUUGAUAUGAUUCUCCUCAAUGUUCACUUCUUAUGGCUGGCUCCACUGGAAUUAUUUGUGGUUACAUUCUUUAUGUAUCAAAAGAUCGGAGUUGCCUCCUUCUUUGGCGUCGCUGUGAUGUUGCUGUUCCUGCCUCUGCAAGCCUAUUUAGCAAAGAAAACAUCUGCGUUGCGCCUCCUGACAGCAUUACGCACGGACGAGCGCGUGCGAAUGAUGAACGAAUUUAUUUCCGGCAUCCAGGUGAUCAAGAUGUACGCAUGGGAAAAGCCACUCGGCAAGCUAAUCCAGUUCAUGCGACGCAAGGAGAUGAUCUGUAUCAAAAAAGUCAAUUAUAUACGCGGAGUUCUAAUUGCCUUUGGCAUGUGCCUGUCGCGUACCCUUACGUUUGUCAGCCUGGUGGGGUUUGUGCUGCUAGGAAACGUGUUGACUGCCGGCGAGGCCUUCUUCAUAACGGCCUACUACAAUCUGCUGCAGCGAGCGGUCACCAAUUUCUUUCCGCUUAGCAUUACGCAACUAGCAGAGAUAACGGUUUCCAUUAAGCGUCUGGAAACCUUUAUGCUAAGGGAGGAGACUCAGGUGCAAGACAAGUCGAAUGCAAUAACUGUGCCUAGCUCUACUAACGAGAUACGCGAUAAGAAAAAUGGAACACUGAGCAACAAUGACAAUGGAGUUGAGGCAAAAAGUAAUGGCAGAGUAAUGGAGGAGACGCUCGUGGAGUUCAGCCAGUUCUCUGCCAAGUGGGACACCAACGCGACAGAGAACACCCUGGACAAUAUAAAUCUGAAAUUGGGUCGCCGACAGCUAGUCGCGGUGAUUGGACCCGUCGGCGCAAGCAAAUCCAGUCUGAUACAAUCCAUUCUCGGCGAGCUGGCUGGUGAAAAAGGUAGCCUUAAAGUCAACGGCAGUUACUCCUAUGCAGCUCAGGAGCCUUGGCUCUUCACUGGAACUGUCCGUGAGAACAUAUUGUUUGGAUUAACCCUGGACAAGAAUCGCUAUCGCACAGUCAUCAAGAAGUGUGCUUUAGAACGCGACUUCGAGCUACUUCCGCAGGGUGAUAAGACGAUUGUUGGCGAGCGAGGAGCUUCUCUUUCGGGUGGACAGAAGGCACGCAUUAGUCUGGCACGAUCUGUGUAUCGAAGGGCGGACAUUUACCUGCUGGAUGAUCCACUCAGUGCUGUGGAUACGCACGUGGGUCGUCAUCUGUUUGACCAGUGCAUGAGAGGCUAUCUGAAAAACGAGCUCGUCAUAUUGGUAACACAUCAGCUGCAGUUUCUGGAGCAUGCCGACCUCAUUGUUAUCAUGGACAAAGGCAAAAUCAGUGCAAUGGGAACCUAUGCAACGAUGCAACACAGUGGCUUGGACUUUGCACAGCUCUUGACCGAUAUCAACCAGGCAGAUGAGAAGGCACUGGAAGACCAAAAGAGCGAUGCUGGGGAUCGUGUUAGCCUGCACUCAAAAACUAGCCGUCAGGCUUCACGCAAUGAGAGUUUUGCUUCCUUGAGCUCCCUGGCUGAUUCGGUCAUUCAGGACACGGCCAUGGUCCCGCAGGAGACACGCGUAGAGGGCAAAGUCAGCGUAGGUCUCUAUAAGGAAUACUUUGCAGCAGGCAGUGGCUUGUUCCUGAUAACUUUUAUGAUCGUUCUAUGUGUGGGUACACAAGUCGUGACCUCAGCAGCAGAUGUGUUUCUCUCCUACUGGGUUGACAAAAAUAAGAACAACGCAGAUUCGGCAUACGACCCCGUCGACAUGUACUACUUCACAGCGCUUAAUGUGGCUGCAAUUGUGCUCAGCGUAAUGCGUCCAAUAAUCUUCUAUUCGAUGGCGAGGCGCAGCUCCACAGAGCUGCAUAAUUCCAUGUUCCGUGGUAUAGCCAGAGCAGCCAUGUACUUCUUUAACACAAAUCCGUCUGGUCGUAUAUUAAAUCGCUUCUCAAAGGAUCUUGGACAACUUGAUGAAGUCUUGCCAACCAUUAUGCUGGAUGUUGUGCAAAUCUUUCUCUUAUUGGCUGGCGUCCUUGUAGUCAUCUGCAUAACCAAUCCCUAUUAUUUGUUACUGACGUUUGUGCUGGGUAUUAUUUUCUAUUAUAUCAGAGAAUUCUACCUUAAGACCUCGAGAGACGUGAAGCGUUUGGAGGCAGUUGCCAGAUCUCCCAUCUAUUCCCAUCUUAGCACCUCACUUAAUGGACUGACCACUAUCAGGGCUUUAGGAGCACAGAAGGCGCUUAUUGCCGAGUUCGAUAAUCUCCAGGAUCUGCAUAGCUCCGGCUACUACACAUUUCUGUCCACGAGUCGUGCCUUUGGCUACUAUGUGGACUUCUUUUGCACCUUAUACACUAUCAUCAUUGUACUUAACUACUUUAUUAAUCCUCCCACCCAGCCUGGUGAGGUUGGGCUGGCCAUUACCCAGGCCAUGAGCUUGGCGGGCAUGGUGCAGUAUGGCAUGACACAAUCCGCCGAAUUGGACACCACAAUGACUGCAGUUGAGCGCAUCCUGGAAUAUGAUGAAAUUGAGCCAGAAGGCGAGUUUGAAUCCCAACCAAGCAAAAAGCCACCGGUCGAAUGGCCAGAGCAGGGCAAAAUUGUAGCUGACGAUCUCAGUCUUCGGUAUUUCCCCGAUCCACAAUCCAAGUAUGUACUUAAGUCUCUCAACUUCGAGAUCAAACCCAUGGAAAAAGUGGGUAUUGUGGGUCGCACCGGUGCAGGCAAGUCCUCGCUCAUCAACGCUCUUUUCCGCCUCUCCUACAACGAAGGCUCCAUCAUCAUCGACAGUCGUGACACCAACGAACUGGGACUUCACGACCUGCGCAGCAAAAUUUCCAUCAUACCUCAGGAGCCGGUGCUCUUUACCGGCAGCAUGCGCUACAAUCUGGAUCCAUUCGAGGAAUACAGCGAUGCUAAGCUGUGGGAUGCACUCGAGGAGGUCAAACUGAAGCCUGUCAUCAGCGAGCUUCCAAGUGGACUACAAAGCAAGAUUUCAGAGGGCGGAAGCAAUUUCAGUGUGGGACAGAGGCAAUUGGUGUGUCUGGCACGCGCUAUUCUUCGCGAAAAUCGUAUCCUGGUGAUGGACGAGGCCACAGCUAAUGUGGAUCCACAGACAGAUGCGCUCAUCCAAGCGACAAUAAGGAAUAAGUUCAGGGAGUGUACAGUGCUGACAAUAGCCCAUCGCCUAAACACAAUUAUGGACUCGGACAAGGUGAUAGUCAUGGAUGCGGGUCAGAUGGUAGAGUUUGGUUCACCCUACGAGUUGCUGACAGAAUGUGAGACGAAAAUCUUUCACAGUAUGGUCAUGGAGACGGGUCAGAGCAGCUUCGAAAAUCUGUUAAAAGUUGCGGAGAAGGCCCAUUUGGAAUCACAGAAGCUAAAAACUGCCUAAGAUCAACAAUUUGUUGCAUUGCAUUUAAAAUCAAAAUAAGCCAAUUA